UCUGAAUUGGAACAAGUCACCCCUUUCAUGUUACCCCCAUUGCUUGAGUCAUUUAGCUUCAUCAACAGUGGUGCUACUGCUGCCAAGAUAUCUUGUAUCUCCUUUCGGGGUUGUUCACAGUUGAAGAAUAUACUUCUCAGAGGAAAUUUGGGGCGCCUGGGGGAGCUGGACCUCUCGGACAUGGCAGUGAAAACCCUUGACCUCACAGAAGUGGAAGCACCAAACCUCAAGCGUCUCAUGAUGUUGGGCUGUGAGAACCUCUGUGCAAUAUUAUGGCCAUCGAAAGAUAAAAGGACAUGGGUUUUGGAGAAGUUGCACAUCAGCACCGUCCAAUCUGCAUCAAAUAGCCAGAAUGAUUGGCAAGAGAUGACCAAGGAGGCUAGUGUUGCUGCAGGAUCAUCAUCCAUCCUUGCUUUUGGGGCUUCACCACAAGGCAUCGGUCGAACUGCAUCUUUUGAGUUUAAGUGGUACAUUUCUGUAGUGGACCCAAGGCUCAUGUGGUCGCUUCUUCCCUUUCAACAAUAUAUUGAGAGAAACUAUGUAUACAUGGAGAUUGAUUCAUCUUCUGCAAGUGGAGUUUCUGUUGGUGAUCGCGAAGUUCCUCAAGGCAUCGGGAGCCAGCGGCAGACUGAUCAAUACUUAUAUGCAAGAGAUGUCUUUCAAGAUCACCCGCAAGCUGUCAGUGCUGUUGAAGGUGUGAUCGACUGGAUGUGGCCUUGCCCACGUACUCCUACUCCAUAUCCUCAAUCCUGGUACUUUCACAUGCAAGAUGAAGAGAAGAUGGAGAGAGGAUCGUUACAGCAACAACACAACACUCAGAGGAUUAGAACCAGUGUUGCCUUAGCCCCUGUUUGAUGUGUGAUAAUGCAGGUAUGUUGUAUGUGCA